UGCGAAUCAGGAAGUCGAGAGCGAAACAAGACGAGAGUUGAUAGGAGACACUUUUACCGAAUACACUAAUUCGCUUCAAGGAUUUGCUGCAAAAUGCCGGGGAAAAAAGUGUGCAUCGUUGGAUCAGGAAACUGGGGGUCGGCAAUUGCCAAAAUUGUUGGCCACAAUGUUAAGGGGAAUAACAGGUUCGAUCCCAUUGUAAAUAUGUGGGUUUUUGAAGAAAUGAUCAAUGGAAAGAAACUUACUGAAAUCAUCAACUCAGAGCACGAGAACGUCAAAUAUCUACCAGGACAUAAACUUCCCAAAAAUGUGGUGGCCGUGCCUGAGAUAACAGACGCAGUGAAGGGAGCAGACAUCCUGGUGUUCGUCCUCCCUCACCAGUUCAUUCGUAAACUCUGUGAUCAGAUGAAACCACAUGUCAAGCAGGGAUUGAUCGGGAUCUCACUCAUCAAGGGUGUAGAUGAAGGCCCCGAGGGUCUGCGCCUGAUCUCGGACAUCAUCCGUGAGAAGCUGGAGGCGGACAUCAGUGUGCUGAUGGGGGCCAACAUCGCCAAUGAGGUUGCUGACGAGAAGUUCUGCGAGACCACCAUUGGGGCAAAAAAUGAAGCAAAUGGGCAUAUCUUUAAAGAGCUGCUUCAGACGCCAAACUUUCGUAUCACUGUGGUGACGGAGAGUGAUACAGUGGAGCUCUGUGGUGCUCUGAAGAACAUAGUUGCUGUGGGCGCUGGCUUCUGUGACGGCCUGGGCCUCGGGGACAACACCAAGUCGGCGGUGAUCCGUCUGGGCCUGAUGGAGAUGAUCGCCUUCGCCAAGCUCUUCUGCAAGGGCCCGGUCACCUCCGUCACCUUCCUGGAGAGCUGCGGCGUGGCCGACCUCAUCACCACCUGUUACGGAGGACGCAACCGCAAGGUGGCCGAGGCCUUCGUCCGAACAUCAAAGUCUAUUUCUGAGCUGGAGGCAGAGAUGUUAAAUGGACAGAAGCUACAGGGACCUCAGACGUCAGCAGAAGUGUACCAGAUCCUCAAAAAGCAAGACAUUGUUGACAAGUUUCCACUGUUUGUGUCUGUGUAUCGGAUCUGCUUUGAGGGCAAGCCAGUGAAAGACUUCAUCACCUGUCUCCAGUGCCACCCAGAACACAUGUGAUGUGGUACGGAGCAUGACAUGGGACAAACCUAACCACCCUGCCUAUGACAAAUAACCACUCCAUCUCUCACAGAGAAACACCACUUCAUCAUAGGAGACGCACACAUAAUAACUCACUCAACACAUGACCUAGUGUAUAAUAUAUUUGUUUAUUUUUAGUUUGUUUAUAUAUCAGUAUCACUCUGUAAUUGUAUCUGUUGUCACAAUCAUUCCAAAAACACUGGAACACAUACUACUAGUGGUCGGUGGUGAGGGAUCCUUUUGACAAGCCAGCUCAGUUUAUGUUCCAGAGCCCCACCCUAGCACGAGGCCUUAAGUCCUUUAUAAACCAACCCAACCAGAAUAUAAACCACUCCCUGCGGUCAUACCAGGUGGGAUCUGAACGUGCCUUAACAUACUGUAGCCUACUGUACAUAAAGUAUUCUGUUCCUCAAUGAAGGCAGUUCGCUCAGGUCUGUACUCUUAAGUAUACUCUAAGCAUACUUUAAGUUUUUGAAACGCACAAUCAUUAAAUAACAGACCUGAAACAGUUUUGAGGAUCGUUGUGUAACGGUUUACAUAGUUAUUUAAUUCAUACAAUUGAAGGCAGUGUCAGCAGUUUAAUAUCUGCCUGUACUAAAUAAACACAGGAAAAC